AUGAAGUACUCUGCUUUACUCUUCAGCCUGGUCGCUGUGGUACCGGCGGCUCAUGGCAUCGCGUUUGGAGAAUCAACCCCUACGGCGAAGAGUCCUCAGCGUGCUCUCGAUGAGAUGAGUCCCAAGCCCACCAAAGGGCCUUCAGUCGUCGAGUUGAGAAAGCGGCAGAGCGAUGUUGGUCCCGAGACAUGUGGUUGGGUUGAUGGUGACAAUGCAUCAGGAGUCACUUGCAACGUCGGGCGAACAUGCAUGUUCUACACCUCUGCAUCUGUUGGCAUGGCAGGCUGCUGCGACGGCUCGGAAACGCAAGAUUGUGACUGGAAAAACUCAUGUAUCGACUACGUUGACUAUUUGGCUGGAGACUGUGGUGAUGAUUGCCUGACCAACAGCUUCGUUCGGAAAUGCACUCGUAUUGCGUCGCCGUACUGCGUUACUUGGACCUAUCCCUCCAACGGUGUCUUGGACUAUGGGUGCCAGGACAUCUCAUCGGGCCUGGUUUACACGAUGCUUCAGAGCGCUAGCAAUAGCUCAGGUGACAGCACGACGAGCGUCAACCUACCUACUCUCAGUGGAAACGCAGUUACGGGUUUCGAUCAGACGACCACAUCAGCUGCGGUUACCGGUUUCGCUGAAACGACUGCAACAACCGCAACAACCGCAACGGACGGGACAACGUAUUCACCCAUCACUCCCGUCGACAGCGGAAGCAGUGUGCGCACCAAGGCAAAGAAGACAAUUGCCAUCGGUCUCAUCGUUGGCGUCGCAACCACAGCGGUCGUCAUAAUCUUCGUCGUCAUAGUAGGCAUCGUCUUCUGUAUGAAGAAAAAGAAGAAGCAGCGUCUCAUCGCCGCAAAUGCCCAGCUCGUUGCUGCCAACCCUCCGCAAUCCCAGUUCCCUCCCCCUCAGCAACAGAUGGCACAUCCACAGAUGCCAAUACACACGCAAACGCAGAUGCAACAACCUUCCUUUAACGCCUCUCUGUCCCCGCAAAGCCCACAAUCGGCAGUUAGUGGCUAUUUUCCACCGUCGGAGCAGAAGUUCAUCGCACAGCCUCAAGUCUACGAAUAUGCGCACACUCCCAUCUCGAAUCCACCGACGCCCGCACCGGCGUAUGUGCAGCCGCAAUAUGGUGUUCCUCCGAUGCCAAAUCCAGUAGUGCCUCAUGCGGCGGGGGGCUAUCAGAGACCGGUUGAAGGAGCGCAUGAGGUUGACGCAAUCAGUGUGCCGCAUGCGCCGGUGGGAGGUGGGCCAGUGUAUGAGCUUGGGCAGGGGCGAUGA